GUUUGCAUUUGCCAGAGCAGCGAGGAGCGCCUUGGCGGCGCGCGCGCCUGUGUGUGUGUGUGCAUGUAGGGGGCUGCAUGCAUGAAUGCAUGCAUGCAUGCUUGCAGGCGUGCGUUCCCCCUUCUGUAUUUCUAUAUAGGAUGUACUCUUUGCUGUAGGCACGCGUCUGGCUCGCCCUUGCCUUGCGAGAAGCGCUUGGCACGAGUAGCAGCUGCAGCUGCUUCUCAUCCCUUUUCCCCUCCGGUCUAAGCGAUCCGGGCGGCUCCUGCGACAAGGCUCUCGCGCCUUUCCCGCCUGCCCUUUUUUUUCUUCCCUUCUCCGGGUGGGAAAGCCUCGAUGUGCUGCCGCCAAUGGCUGGGCCACAGCCAGGAGUCCACGCUCUCCAGCUCCAGCCGGUCCGGGUUUCGGCCAGCCUCAAGAAGGGCUCCACCUUCGUCAAGUGGGACGACGAUUCUACUAGCGUGACAACGGUUUUUCUCAGAACAGACCCACACGGAUUUUUCUUAUACUGGACAGAUCAAAAUAAGGUGCAGGAAUCCGAACUGUUAGAUGUCAGCUUUGUGAAAGAUGCUCGAUGUGGGAAACAUGCAAGAGCCCCUAAGGAUCCAAAACUACGCGAACACCUGGAUGUAGGAAAUGCAGGAGGACGACUGGAAAAUCGAAUGCUUACAAUUGUGUAUGGCCCUGACCUGGUCAAUAUAUCUUACUUGAAUUUAGUAGCCGCUCAGGAAGAAAUAGCAAAGGAAUGGUCAGAAGAAAUCUUCAGUCUGGCAACAAACCUGUUGGCACAGAACAUGUCCAGGGAUGCUUUUCUGGAAAAAGCAUACACAAAACUUAAAUUGCAAGUCACGACAGAUGGGCGUAUCCCUUUGAAGAACAUUUAUCGCUUAUUCUCCUCUGACAGAAAGCGUAUUGAGACUGCAUUGGAAGCUUGUAACCUUCCAUCUGCUAGAAAUGAUUCAAUUCCUCAAGAGGACUUCACUCCAGAAAUAUACAGGGAGUUUUUGAGCAACUUUUGUCCUCGGCCUGAAAUUGACCACAUCUUCCUAGAACUGGGGGCAAAGAGCAGACCGUAUCUAACUGUUGACCAGAUGAUGGAAUUUAUAAACUUCAAGCAGCGAGACCCACGGUUAAAUGAAAUUCUCUUUCCGUUCUUGAAGCAGGAACAGGUUCAACAACUGAUUGAAAAAUAUGAACCCAAUAAUAGUUUGGCAAAGAAAGGACAGAUAUCAGUGGAUGGAUUUAUGAGAUACUUAAGUGGAGAAGAAAAUGGAGUUGUUCCACCUGAAAAACUGGAUUUGAAUGAAGAUAUGAGCCAGCCUCUGUCUCAUUAUUUUAUCAAUUCCUCACAUAAUACCUACCUCACAGCUGGUCAGCUAGCCGGCAGCUCUUCUGUAGAAAUGUAUCGUCAGGUGUUGUUGUCUGGCUGCCGCUGUGUUGAACUGGACUGCUGGAAAGGCCGAACUGCUGAAGAGGAGCCGGUCAUUACCCAUGGAUUCACCAUGACAACGGAAAUAUCCUUUAAGGAAGUCAUAGAAGCUAUUGCUGAAUGUGCAUUUAAGACAUCUCCUUUCCCUAUACUCCUCUCUUUUGAGAAUCAUGUGGAUUCCCCUAAACAGCAGGCAAAAAUGGCAGAAUAUUGCCGGUUAAUAUUUGGAGAUGGUUUGCUGAUGGAACCACUAGAAAAAUACCCACUUGAACGUGGAAUCCCACUUCCUAGCCCAGCGGACCUGAUGUACAAAAUUCUGGUGAAGAACAAAAAGAAGUCCCACAAGUCUGCGGAUGGGAGCUCAAAGAAGAAGCUUUCUGAACAAGCUUCAAAUGCCUGCAGUGACGCCUCCAGUGGCUUUGAACCCUCUUCCCCAGGAGCAGGUGAAGCAGAGAUAGAGAGUGACGAGGAUGAUGACUAUGAUGAUGACUGCAAAAAAUCAUCAAUGGAUGAAGGAACAGCUGGAAGUGAGGCCAUGGCUACUGAGGAAAUGUCAAACUUAGUUAAUUAUAUACAGCCUGUAAAGUUUGAGUCAUUUGAGGCCUCUAAUAAACGGAACAAGAGUUUUGAAAUGUCUUCCUUUGUGGAAACCAAAGCACUUGAACAGCUCACAAAAUCUCCGGUCGAGUUUGUGGAGUAUAAUAAAAUGCAGCUGAGCCGAAUUUACCCAAAAGGGACACGUGUUGAUUCCUCAAAUUACAUGCCUCAGCUGUUCUGGAAUGCAGGCUGUCAAAUGGUUGCUCUUAACUUCCAAACUGUAGAUUUGUCUAUGCAAAUAAAUAUGGGGAUGUAUGAGUAUAAUGGCAAAAGUGGAUACAGACUAAAGCCAGAGUUCAUGAGAAGACCAGACAAGCAUUUUGAUCCAUUUACGGAAAGUAUUGUAGAUGGAAUAGUUGCAAACACUUUGUCUGUAAAGGUCAUUUCUGGCCAGUUACUUUCUGACAAAAAAGUUGGAACUUACGUCGAAGUAGAUAUGUUUGGUCUGCCUGUGGAUACGAGAAGAAAAGCUCUCAAGACAAAGACAUCUCAAGGCAAUGCUGUGAAUCCUGUAUGGGAAGAAGAAGCCAUAGUGUUUAAGAAGGUGGUCCUGCCUUCUCUAGCAUGUUUGAGGAUAGCUGCUUAUGAAGAAGGAGGAAAAUUUAUUGGGCAUAGGAUAUUACCAGUAUCAGCAAUUCGACCAGGUUAUCAUUAUAUUUGCCUGAGGAAUGAAAGGAAUCAGCCCUUGAUGCUGCCGGCCAUAUUUGUAUACAUUGAAGUUAAAGAUUACGUACCUGAUACCUACGCAGAUGUUAUUGAGGCAUUAUCUAAUCCAAUCAGAUACGUAAACCUGAUGGAGCAGAGAGCAAAACAACUGGCAGCACUGACUCUAGAAGACGAGGAAGAAGUAAAGAAGGAGGCAGAACAAGAUGUACCUUCAGAAGCUCACAAUGAACCUAAACCUACACCAGCAGAAAAUGGAGUAAAUUGCACUACAUCUCUCAGCCCUAAACCUUCUACUCAGAUUGCUCCAAGCCAACCAACACUGGGUUCUGUGAAAGUUCCAGCCAAAACAGAAGAUCUGAUUCAGAGUGUCCUAACAGAAGUUGAAGCACAAACCAUUGAAGAGCUAAAGCAACAGAAGGCAUUUGUGAAACUUCAGAAGAAGCACUACAAAGAAAUGAAGGAUCUUGUGAAGAGACAUCACAAAAAAACAACAGAUCUUAUAAAAGAGCAUACCACAAAAUAUAAUGAAAUUCAAAAUGAUUACCUACGACGGAGGGCAGUGUUGGAGAAAACAGCUAAAAAAGACAGUAAGAAAAAAAGUGAAACCGGCAGCCCAGAUCACAGUCCUUCAACUGUUGAACAAGAGUUGGCUGCUCUUGAUUCAGAAAUGACACAGAAGUUAAUAGAGCUCAAAGAAAAACAACAGCAGCAGCUGCUGAAUCUUCGACAAGAACAGUAUUACAGUGAAAAGUACCAGAAACAAGCACAUAUUAAAUUGCUUAUACAAAAACUGACAGAUGUAGCAGAAGAAUGCCAAAGCAACCAACUAAAGAAGUUGAAAGAGAUUUGUGAAAGAGAAAAGAAAGAGUUAAAGAAAAAGAUGGACAAGAAAAGGCAAGAGAAGAUCACUGAAGCAAAGUCCAAGGACAGAAAUCAAAUGGAUGAGGAGAAGACAGAAAUGAUUCGUUCAUAUAUUCAAGAGGUGGUACAGUACAUUAAAAGACUAGAAGAUGCCCAGACCAAAAGACAGGAAAAACUUGUGGAGAAACACAAAGAGAUUCGUCAGCAAAUACUGGAUGAAAAGCCCAAGUUACAGGCUGAACUUGAUCAAGAAUAUCAAGACAAAUUCAAAAGACUGCCACUGGAAAUCUUGGAAUUUGUUCAAGAAGCGAUGAAAGGCAAAAUCAGUGAGGACGGAGAUCACAGCUCUACAACUUCUUCCCUGGCAUCCGAUGGUGGGAAAUUGAACCACAAACCACUGCAAAAUGAAGAGCUAGAAGAUAAUCCAGGAAAAGUGUUUGAUACACCUCUCUAACAGCUUCCACAAAGACACCGAUCUUAAAUUACUCUGACAGAGCAAGUUACCAUGCUGUUCCCCAGGAAUGUUCCUGUUUUUGAAUGACCAUUGGGCAGCUUCAAAUAUGGAAGACCUCUAUUGGGAUUGUACUAAUUUCUAAAACAAAUGGGUUGGGUAUGGAAAUUAUAUCCUAUUUGUAGGCCUUGUUUUUCUUUUUAGUUUAAUGGCAUAAACUAAGAGGUCAGUAUGUCUCUGGCCAUAUUUACACCAGUCAUUUUUAAACUACGAGAAGGCUGGAGCAUUCUUUGGGGACCAGUAUGUUUUGUGCAGGUAAAUGUGUUUCCACCUCUUUAUGAAACAGGAGUGACACAAUAUUCCACCCACAGUUAUCACAGUAUCUGUAAUUGUUUGUUUCUUCCUUUGCAACUACAUCUUGGAAGCUUUUGUCAUCUUAACAAUGGCACUUUGAGAAAAAAAAACAUUUUUUUUCUUUAGCUUUCUGUGCAGUGAUAGUUGGCUGUGCUGGUUGUGUCUCGACAGAGAAUUAUCAGUGUUAGUUCUCUGUAACUGUGGUAACUACUAGAAUAUAUUCCCAAGCCAAAAUCUCUUCAAGACAUAAUAAUGUGAUUGAUUAUACAUGCUUCAAAUGUGAUAUGAAUUCACAUAUGUAUAUGCGCAUUCUGUCUCUGCAAAUCAAAAGCGCAGGCAAGUUCUUGCUGAACUUUCCCUUCUGCUGGAAUUAAAAGCUUUAAGAAAGAGAUUCAUAACAGUCAUCAGAGAUAACUGAUACUGUUAUGAAAUAAUCGUUGCACAAUCAGAAUCUUUCAUUCAGACGUCUGUAGUACUUUCAAAUGUAAGAUAGAUUCAAGAAUGUUGCUUUCAAUAACUGGUUUGUGCUAUUAUAUCUUUCCUUUUUUAAUCUAUGGAACGCACAUAGAAAUGCCAUUUCCCAAGUGUAUGGAAAUGUACAUGUUUCAAAUCUAAAAUAUUUUUUUGGGGGGGGGGGGGGAGAAUAAAAGAAAUCUGAUUAAUUUUAUCCUUUUAUAUAGUUAACCUUACAAAAGUUACAGUUCCACCCCCAGCAUUCCUUACUGUUCUACCAUGUGGAUAUUACUGAAACACUAUAGUUUGUUCUGAUAGUGGUAAGGAGUUGGAAUACAUAACAGCAUAUAUGUAGUUUGUUUUCCCUCAGGAGCUCAGUAAAAAUAACUUAUUUUAUUUAAUUGCAAGCAAUAAAUAGAGAUCAAACAAAAUAGAAAUUGAAUUAAAUGCUAAGUGUACAUAGGGAAACUAAAAUUUUGGCUAAACAGUAUUUUUUUUUUCAUUAUUUACAUCAUGCAUGAAGAAAUGUUGCACAUUGUUAAGAGUAUAUAAAAGAUAAACUGCUUACAUUUUAUGGAGUAAUUUAGAGGAUAUAAUGGAAAUGAAAAAAUUUCAUUUUGAUUUUAAGAAGAUGACUCCUUUCAUUUAUUCUACUUUUGCACUUUGAAGAUCAAUAUUAUUAAUCAUUAAAUAUAAAAACCUGGAAGGGUCAAACUUUAAUGCUGCAUUUUCUAAGAUAAAAGUUAAAUAAAUUUGUUUCAAGUUAGACAGGCUACAACAAUCCAGUAUUGAUAACAGUUCUAUAGGUAUUUCUUUGCCAUGCUUGUAUACUGCAGUCUCAGACAAGUAGGAGAAACUCUGAUAAGCUUUUUAAUUUAUGAUGUAAAGUUACCAAGUUAAUGGUUGACAGAGUUUUCAGUACAUUUGUAACUGAUCAUUGACUGUACUUACUUUUUUAAUAUCUGUACAGUGCCCCUUUUUGCAGUUGUAGUUUUAGUGUGUAAUAUUGUAUAUCUUGCAUUGUUAAAACUUGCAGUAAUACAUCAUUUAUCAUGAAUAUUACUUGAAAUAAAGUAAGGUAAUGAAAAAGGAGUCUAUGAUGUGAGAGUCUUGUGCCUUCUAUGUAUUUGCCUUGUUAUGUGUUAAACAUGUCAAAAUAAUCUACUGUGGACAUUUUGCUAUAGAGAAUAGAGCUGCAUUGAAUUACAUUGGGCUCCACUGUACACUUCAGUUACACUACUGAGAAUUGUUUUAGCAGCUUACAACAGACCUUCACACAGAGAAUUUGGACAUUUUAACUGUCAACAUGGUUGUGAAAGAUUUCUUUUAGAUAGGGCUUGCUUUCAUUUGAAACUAACAUUAUUGAACAUUGGUAUAAAUAAUGUAUGUGAUUGGCUGAUUGGAAAUAGUGGUUUUGCUUU